UCUGCCUGCUCCUGCCUCAUCUCUGCCUGUCCCUGCCUUGCCCUCCCGGAGCUGGUGGCAUCCUGCGUGGGACCCCCGCAGCAUGGGGACAGUCAGCGAGCUCUGCGCCUCCAGUUUCCAGGCAUUCCUGUGCCCCUCGGUGGCUGCCAAGGCAGUGCCCAGUGACCUGACCCCAGAGGAGUGCCAGGAGCUGGAGAACAUCCGCCGCCGGAAGCAGGAGCUGCUGGCUGACAUACAGCGCCUGAAGGAUGAGAUAGCAGAAGUGACAAAUGAGAUCGAGAACCUCGGCUCCAUGGAGGAGAAGAAAAACACGCAGAGGAGCAAGCAGGUGGCCAUGGGCAGGAAGAAGUUCAACAUGGAUCCGAAGAAGGGCAUCCAGUUCCUGAUCGAGAACGACCUGCUGAAGAACACGUGCGAGGACAUCGCUCAGUUCCUGUACAAGGGAGAGGGCCUCAACAAGACGGCCAUCGGCGACUACCUGGGCGAGAGGGAUGAGUUCAACAUCCAAAUCCUGCAUGCCUUUGUGGAGCUGCAUGAAUUCACCGACCUCAACCUUGUGCAGGCCCUGCGGCAGUUCCUGUGGAGCUUCAGGCUGCCAGGGGAGGCACAGAAGAUUGACCGGAUGAUGGAGGCCUUUGCUCAGCGCUACUGCCAGUGCAACCCUGGCGUCUUCCAGUCCACAGACACCUGCUACGUGCUGUCCUUUGCCAUCAUCAUGCUGAACACGAGCCUGCACAAUCCCAACGUGAAGGACAAGCCCACGGCAGAGCGAUUCAUCGCCAUGAACCGCGGCAUCAAUGACGGGGGGGACCUGCCUGAGGAGCUGCUCCAGAAUCUGUAUGAGAGCAUCAAGAAUGAGCCCUUCAAAAUCCCUGAGGAUGACGGCAAUGACCUCACCCACACCUUCUUCAACCCCGACCGCGAGGGCUGGCUGCUGAAGCUCGGAGGAGGCAGGGUGAAGACGUGGAAGCGCCGCUGGUUCAUCCUGACUGACAACUGCCUUUACUACUUCGAGUACACAACGGAUAAGGAGCCCCGUGGCAUCAUCCCCCUGGAGAACCUGAGCAUCCGUGAGGUGGAGGACUCAAAGAAGCCCAACUGCUUUGAGCUCUACAUCCCUGACAACAAGGACCAGGUGAUCAAGGCCUGCAAGACAGAGGCAGACGGGCGUGUGGUGGAGGGGAACCACACCGUGUAUCGCAUCUCUGCCCCCACGCCCGAAGAGAAGGAGGAGUGGAUCAAGUGCAUCAAGGCAGCCAUCAGCCGGGACCCCUUCUACGAGAUGCUGGCUGCCAGGAAGAAGAAGGUCUCCUCCACCAAGAGGCACUAGCAGCCAGACUGGCCCUGCGAGGCCCUGUAGCAGCCCGAGUGUUCCCCUGUCACGGGGGCAUGUGGGGCAGGGGCCACGCUGCAGGCUGGCCCUCGAGGCCCAGGGCCCAGCUUCAGCUUAGCCAUUUCUUUACUGUGGGGGGAGGGAAGGGGCAUCUCAGUGACUCUGGCCCCACAUCACUGCCUCAUCGCUGGACAGCGUCUUCACGGGCUCAAGCUGGACAGAGCACCCCUGUGCACCCCUGGGACCCCUGGCCUCAGCACCACGGGCACCCUCUCUGCCUCUGACCCCCAGGAAUCCUGCAGCCACGUGGCUCUGGGUCCCCCCGGCUCCUGUGUCCAGACACUCCUGGGGUGUUCUGUCAGGAGGGGGAGCAGCUGUGGUGGUUUUGGGGUGUCACAGGUGCUGGGGUGCAGGGUGUCAGCCCCAGGGGGCCCCUGCAGAGAUACAGCUCCUGGCCCUCGUUGUAGCGGGCCUGGGUCUGUCCUGGCGUCCCCACGCUGCUGCCUUGGACCUUCCCAGCCACCCCCUGCCCUGGAAUGGUGCCCACAGACAGGAGGGAUGAAGGGCAGGGACUCGUGAUGAGCAGUGGUGCCACACAGGGCAGAGAUGUGCCCUGACCCAGCCAUGGGAGCUGUGGUUUGGAUGUGGC